AAAUACAUUAAAUAAUAGCAUUCCGCAUCUAUCACUUCAUGAUAUCGUAUGAUUCUACUUCUUUCUGAAAGCACAGUUUAAUGCUCUUAGUUUAUUAUUAUCAGAAAUUGGCCAGAUUUGGCUCAAAUUGUAUAAACUAUAACAGAUAUUCGGACACAAAGGUCGCACCUAUUUAGAGACAUUGUAUUUACUGUCAGGUUGCACUGUAGAGUGAAAAAAAACUAUUUCGUUCUCUUGCAUCACUAUAUGUUUAGAAUAUUUAAAAAAAUAUUUUAACUUUAUUAAUGAAAACUUAUACAUAUCGCAACGUGAUUUUCCCAGCUUCCCAGUAAAGGUUAUCGGAGAAUUGUGAAAUCUGCGUGGCAAGAAUAAAACAAAAAAUUUGCUGGAAAAAUGAAAGAAUUAGAUUCAGGCAUAACAGAAAACUUAGGAAAGACAGCUAUGAAAUGUCCCAAAAUAAAAAGAGCCCUUUUCCCUCUAAAAAUAGUAUUAUUUUGUUGGUAUGGAGCUUCAUCUUCUCUGAUACCUUACAUGACCAUUCACAUGAAAGAGUUAGGAAUCACAGUAGAAGAAACAGCUAUAAUCUACACUUUGCUACCUGUCACGCAACUCGUGUGUACUCCUUUAGCUGGUAUGAUAGCCGAUAAACUUGGACGUUAUAAAGAUGUUCUAAUGUUAUCAGUAUUAUUUUCUGUCGCAUUUGCAACAGCGAUUUUAUUUGUUCCUCCAGCUCCUGAUCCAAAAGUUGAACGCCCAUCCAUAAAUCUUAAUUGUGGUCCAGUCAUUUUACCUCAUGUUGUUGUAGAAAAAUGCUGGGGAGGACCUUGCGAUGUGUUUUACACUAAUCGAACCAACCCAAUGCGUUUGGUUGGUUGUAGUGCCUUCUGCCCAAAAGUUUUUGAUUCAGAAUAUAAAUCUGCCGCGUCUUUGUGUAACUCAAAAGAUGCAUAUUGUUUUAUUGGAGACGAUACUAGAUAUCCAUUAAUUGAAAACAAUUUUACUUUGCGCAUAGCAUUUAAACAACCGUAUCCCGAAAGAUCGACUUGUUCUUAUCCAGUUGCAGGUGUUGUACCAAUUCAAGUUAAUGAUUCAGAUACCGAAGAAAAUUUUAUACCUAGCAUAUGUCCCAUAGUUAUUCAUAAAGCUAGAAGAAACUGUACAAUUAAAUGUGCUUUUCAACAAUUACCAGAUGAUGAUAAUGGAACGUUUCCUCAUAUUAAUCAAUGUGUACGAACUGUUGGAAACCGAGUACUAACAUUUUGGGUAUAUUUUGUUCUUCGUAUAUUAUUUAAUAUAUUUGCAUCGAUAUGUCUCACACUUUUGGACGCAACAGCACUUGCCAUGGUAGGAGCCCAUGGUGGUCAAUAUGGAAGGCAAAGAUUUUGGGCUAUUCUGGCGCAAGCUUUAUUUUCACCAGUUACCGGUUUUCUUGUUGAUUUAUUAACUGAACAAAAAGGUUACGCGGAUUAUUCACCAGCAUUUCAUUUUUACAAUGUUUUAGCUGUUUGCACUGCGAUUGCUGUAUGGAUGAUGGACGUUGAUGUACCACCACCAGCGGAGAAUGUUAUCAAAAACUUCCGUCGACUUUUGAAAGUACCACCAGUUAUAGUAUUAAUGAUAGUUGUAUUUUGGCUUGGGGCAAUGUGGGGCUUUGUUGAGUCCUUCCUUUUCUGGUAUUUAUUAGACUUGGGAAGUCCAAACUAUUUACUUGGUCUAACUCUAACAACUGGGGCUAUCGUAGGAUUGCCCUUUCUCUAUGAAUCUGAUUGGUUUGUCCGAAAAGCUGGACAAGUAAAUCUUCUACUGUUAGCCCUCUUUUUUUAUUUUGUUCGUUUUUUUGGUUACUCCUAUAUACAUAACCCUUGGUGGUGCAUUCCUUUUGAAGCGAUGGAAGCCUUUACUUAUCAUCUCAUGUGGGUUGCAGCAGCAACAUACGGGGCUGAACUAGCUCCAAGAGGACUUUUAGCAACCAUUCAAGGUUGUGUUGGUGGAUUUCACUAUGGAGUUGGUCGUGGAUCGGGAAGUUUUGCUGGUGGUACAAUGAUGAGUAAAUUUGGAGCUCGACUUGCUUUUCGCGUUAUGGGUAUCGCCUCAGGAGCUAUGUUUAUUGCUUAUGGAGUUUUCUACUACGGAUGGCUUCGGAAACGGGAAAGAAGAGGGAAAAAGAUAUCAACAGCUGAAAUGGAAUUAAAUACUAGCAAUAUGGUUACAAAUAAUGCAUCAGAAGCUCGACCCAGCAUUAUUACUGUAGCUUUGGCACCAGAUAUUGACCAUGGUGGGGAAUCUAUUAAAAAUGGAAGUCAUCUUAAUUUUAAUGAAGUGAAGAACUUACAAGACAGUAAUGAUGCUAGUCAUUGAAUAGCAUCAGCAUAUUGUUGUUAAUUUAAAACCCUGUAUUUGUUUUAACUACAUUUAGUGCCUUAAAGGAAGUUUUUAGUGCCUUAAAGGAAGUUUUUAGUGCCUUAAAGGAAGUUCUUAAGUUUCUCAUUUCCUAAGAAAAAGAAAAGUUGCUGCAAAAGUGAAUGGUUUUAUUUUUUGCUUUUAUUUUAGGUAUCAUACAAAAAUAUAUUUUUGUCCCUUAUUCGUCGAAUAUAUAAUCGUAUUGUUUCAUGAAAAUGACCAGUAUAAACUGUGCAUAAAAACUGAAGCAAAUUGAUUUAAGAAUACGCAUGAUUUUGAUGAACUAACUUUGUAUUACAAAUUGUACGCAGUGCAGCUGUAAUUUUCUGCAUAGAAUUGCAAUAAUCUAUGCAGACCUGGAAAAAGUCUCUCAUCAUUAUGUAUUUUGAUACUUUUUACGCAUAUUUGUGUGCUACUGAACACAAGAGACACUGUAUAUACUAUAAAAAUCAAAAACAAUUUAUUGAUUUAUCAAAAGUGAUAGUGUAUGUUUAUAAAUAGACAGUCUAAAACGUUUUAUCAAAGAAGGCCAAACUUCAAGGGUUAGAACUUUCUUCACUUGUAACAAGCUUCAUUAAAAUUGCUUAUAAUCUAUUGUGAAAGUAAAAUCUUGUAUAAAAUUGUACGCAUGUCAUUAUUAUAACAACGAAAGCUUUA